CGGUUUCCUGCCGGGCUGCUGCUGCUUUGCGCGCUGCGGGGCCACACUGCGACCGCACCGAGGAGGAAGAGGAGGAAGCCGCGGAGCGAAAAGGGGGGCCAGUCUGAGCCAGAGCGGCGGGAAAAAACCAUAAAACUCAGAGGAGGAGGGUUUGAACGCGCCGUCACCGCGCGGUUAAAAAACACCAGAGAAGAAGAAGAAGCAGCAGCAGAAGGCGGAGACGCGUCACACCGCGCCGCCGCUCCUCCUCGUCUGUCUCCGCUUUCCAGGAGAACCGAAGAAGAAGAAGAGGAAGAGAAGAACCGAGAGGAGGACGAGCAGAGGGGAAUCUUGUUGGGGAAUCUCGGAGCGCAAAACGACGAACGACGCGGUGUUGGACCCCCCCCCCUCCCCUCCCGGACCAGGGCCGAUUCUCCGUUGUCUAGCAGCCAGCUCGGCGCGGCGAAACCAUGAAGGACCGUACGGCGGAACUGCGAAGUGCUAAGGACAGCGACGAUGAUGAGGAGGUGGUGCAGGUCGACAGGGACCAUUUCAUGGAUGAGUUCUUCGAACAGGUGGAGGAGAUCAGAGGCUGCAUAGAAAAGCUGUCAGAGGAUGUGGAGCAGGUCAAGAAGCAGCACAGCGCCAUCCUGGCCGCACCCAACCCUGACGAAAAGACCAAGCAGGAGCUGGAGGACCUCACAGCUGACAUCAAGAAGACAGCCAAUAAAGUCCGUUCAAAAUUAAAAGCAAUCGAGCAGAGCAUCGAACAGGAGGAGGGUCUCAACAGAUCAUCAGCAGACCUCAGGAUCCGCAAGACACAGCACUCGACGCUGUCACGUAAGUUUGUGGAGGUGAUGACCGAGUACAACACCACGCAGUCCAAGUACCGCGACCGCUGCAAGGACCGCAUCCAGAGACAGCUGGAGAUCACUGGGAGAACCACCACCAACGAGGAGCUAGAGGACAUGUUGGAGAGUGGCAAGCUGGCCAUCUUCACCGAUGAUAUCAAAAUGGACUCUCAAAUGACCAAGCAGGCCCUGAAUGAGAUCGAGACCCGACACACCGAGAUCAUCAAGCUGGAAAACAGCAUCCGUGAGCUGCACGACAUGUUUGUGGACAUGGCCAUGCUGGUGGAGAGCCAGGGAGAGAUGAUUGACAGAAUUGAGUACAACGUGGAGCACUCUGUCGACUACGUGGAACGUGCCGUAUCUGACACCAAGAAGGCCGUCAAAUACCAGAGCCAGGCUCGCAAGAAGAAGAUCAUGAUCAUCAUCUGCUGCGUCAUCCUGGGCGUGGUCCUGGCGUCGACCAUCGGCGGCACACUGGGCUUCUAAGACGCUCCGCCACCUGCCGCUGUGACGACCGACACUGACCAACCGUCCGACCGACAGCCAGCAGAGAAAAGAAACACCAAUGACAACAACAACACAAAAACUUGAAACACAAAUGCAAGACAGAUAACCAAUCAGCUAGGAAGAGAUAACAGUCCAAUUACAGAUAAGAGGAAACACCACGGGGUUGGGUGGGGUUCAAAAAGCAAAGAAAAAAACAAUAAAAACGCCAUCACAUUAUAGCUGACUUAAAUACAUAACAUAUACAAAAAGAGGGUACAAAUAAAUCUACUAUUUAUUACAGAUGUACAUGUAAAUGUAUGAACAUAUGAAGCAACACAUGGGUUAGCUACCUGUAAAAAAUUAUGACCUAUAAUAUGACAUUUACUUGUUUGUUUGUUUGAUUGUUUUGCCUUUUUUCUUAUUUUUUAACCGUUUCUUUCGUUUUUCGGGAGUCUCCGAGGGCAGUGAUGCUGACUGCCGCUGGGUGCAUUCUGCAGGACCAGCAUUCCAGAGCCAGAGCUUUAUUCGUUUGUUCCUUUCUUACCUUUAUCUCCUGGUAGAGAUUCUGGAGCUGAGCACGCUCUCGAAUGCCACAGGAUACGUUGUAAAUAAAUGUGCUCAGCUUCCCAGUUAAAUGAAGGAAAAAUCUUCUCUAUCGGAACAUUCCGGAACGCUAGAACUCCGCACAAGAACAGAGUGAGGUUCCGGAAUGGCGUCAGUAACUCUGAGAUGUUCAGGUAUGCUGUCCCGCAGGACCAGCACCCUCCGGCUUUGGUAGAACCAACUUUGUCCCCUUGUUCAUGGGUGGGAGGGACCGACCUCACCGUUGGCUCAGCCCACCUCUUUAGACCAUCCCUCAUUGGUUGAUAACUCCUAUCAUUCACCUCAGUCAGCCUAUUAAAUUAGCCCGCCCUGCUACACACCAUUUAUAAAAGGAAAGAGCGUGACACCCCGCCCUCUAAGAUGCUUUCACAGCCAGCUGAUUGAUUGGGAAAACACCAUGUGGGUUUGGGUGGGGGGUGAGGGGGGGGUUGUAAUGUGGCAGGUUUCCAAGACAACAACCUCCCCUUCUAGUCACACCUAUCCAACCAAAGAGCAGGGGGAGGGAAGGCCUUUGGUUUUCCUGCUGAAUUCAAUUGGCCAGUGGUAGAACAUGUGAUGUUUGACUGACAGGUGAAUGGUGGGAAAGAGCGGGGCCAGGAGGAGGAGGGUUUAAAGGAGGGUGGGAGGAGACAGACAGUCAAUCUAUGCAGUUUAGAUAAGAGGAAGAAGACUUGUCCUGUGCCCCCUCCCCCACCCCCCCCACCAAGGUAGCCAAUGAGGAUCAGGGGUUCACCUUACUGCACCAAAAGGCUCAUCACACUGAUCGCUGUAGAAAUAUGGUAGUCGAGGCCGGGUGUCAUCUCCAAGCUGUCAUGACUGUUCUUCCGGAAGAUUCUAAAAAAUGAAGAGAACACAUUAAAAAGUAAAGAAGAAAAGUAAAAUGCAACAUGAUAAAACUUACAAACAAGCCAGACAACAAACCAGAUGCACAGAAAACGUAGAAACACUGAAGGCGCUGGCGUUCCCCAGUGACCUGAGUGUCGCGGUUCUAUUUUUCCUGUUCUGUUUUUUAAAGGGAAAUGUUUGUUGCUUCGUUGUUCCGUGGUGCUGCCGUUUUAGUGUGUGCGUGACGUGUCCCGUGACGUAUCGGCCUCCUCAUUUAGUGGUUACUGUUUAGUCUGUAUGGUUUGAUGCAUUUGCCUGUUUGCUCCCUGCAUCCCUCCAUCUCCUCCUGAGUGUGUGUGUGUGUGUGUUUGGGGACUGUGAUGUUGAAUCCACACCAUCUGAAUGCCUGAGUUACACAGGUGCUACUGAACAGGAGAGGCUUUUCCUAUUGGUGGGUUUCCUCCGUGGAAGGUGGAACAUGUGACACACACAUUCACAUACAUUCACAACACAGCACACGCAUGAACACCUCAUGUAUAUAUGUAACGCUUCAUACAUACACUAUGGAAAUUUCCCCCUUAACACACACACUUUUAACUUUCCUGUGUUACACAUCAUGCCAAUGCUAGUGUUAGCGUGUGUCGCUUAGCAUGCUGUAGAGUUAGCUCGUGUUACGUGUAGAUCGUGUAGGAGCUGCUUGUUGGAGACUGAUUGCAAGUUUUCUGGUCUUUUUUUUUAAUGUUAAAGACACUUUCCAUGUGUUGGGGAAAGAUUUAAGAAAUAAGACGGAACGAGUUAAAAGGUCGCUCUUUGACAAAACAUAAUCUUAACAUAAAGAUGCAGUUUCAGAAAAGGCUAGUAAGGUAACUAGCGAGUAAGAUUUUUUUUUGUCAAACUAAUUAAAUUUCAACAGCAGUAAAGCAUUCGGACACAGCAAUACACAGAAAGUAAAUUACAAUUUGUCAUUUUAAAAUGUUGAAUCUGUACAUCAGAUUGCUUUAGCAUUAAGCUAACAGGACUUCUUUUAAGAAAAGAAGAUGCUAAUUUAAAAUAAGCUAAUCAUAACUUGGCAAAAGAAAUAAAUUAGUUAUGACAGUGAUCUGAGUGAUGUGUUCACCUCAACAUUACUCCAGAUUGGGAGAACAUACAUGUGCGUUACAUUUCAAGCUGUAUGUUGUAAAAGCAUGUUUUGUUUCAUUGCUGAUAAUGUGGUUCUGUGUUGAGAUGUAACACAAAUGUGUGUGUUGCCCCAAACUGGAUACAUGGGUGUGUUGAAAACUACUACACAGUAUUACGACUCCCUCCUGCUGUAGUCAGAGGAGCUUUAAGGAGGGAGGUUCCUCUGUGUUCAGGCUCUGUGAUACGGAGGUUCAUCUACUUCUGUUGAGGCCUACACUGGACGAUCCUGCCCCACAGUCACUGUCAGGGUAACAACAACCAUUAAUACCACCUUAACCUCCACAAAAUCAGUCUACACUACACUCAAAGCAAUAAAGCCAGUUUGUUAUAGUUCAGUUUCAUUCAACAGAAAAAGUGUUAGCUAACUAGCUUGCUAUGUCUAGAUUCUGCCCUGAGUUUAAAAGCUGUAGAGUUGUGAAACGGACGGAGAUGUUUUGUAAAAGUUUACGUGCAUUUUCUGGCUUCAAAAACUCUCCUUCCAACUGUGUUAGAAAACGCCUUUGAUAAAAAGUCACUUUGCAACUCUAUUGUUCUGGAAGUUUCCGCUCUGAGAAGAAGCUAGCAUGAUGUGGCGUUUGACAAGUAUCAUUAGCCAGCACCGCAGCCACGACAUGACUAAUGAUACUUAGCAUCAAGUUAGCUGCUUUGUCAUGGCUAACAAUACUUCUGGCUGCCAAGGCAAUGUGUAGACAUGAGGAAGUAGUCGUUGCUAUGUUGUGUUCUUUUGGGAGUCCUAGUAGUUAGCGCUGUUAGCUACGUCUAUAAUGCUAUCUAGUCGAGUUUGGAGAGGAGAGGAGGUGGGAAUUUUUAUUCUAUUCCUUGACUUCCCAAGACCAAAACAUCUGUGUCCACCAAAGCUUAGCAAACAGCCCCAACCCCUCCAAGCAGCGAAGUCCAGUAGAUGUUUGUUCAGAUGAAUUGUCAGUAGAUUUAGAAUAAUUUAGCACUUUUCUCUGCUGUUGUGUUGUCAGUGUUUACGGCUACAUUCUGUCUUCAUGAGUGGUUUAUAGGUGGUUUUACCAUUUUUAGACUGUAGUACAAACAUCAAAUCUGUCCACAGAUGGAUUAAAUAUCAAAUAUUGUUCCCUCCUGUAAAUCAAACCCAAAGUAUGUUUAUCUUUACUACAUUUCCCAGGUGUCCUUGGACUAUUUUAGAGCUCUGCUUUAUUUCGGAAAUUUCAGACAUGUAUUUAGGGAAUCGCUAAAUCGGCAAAGCAAAACUGACCUACCUGUUUUCAGAGUCAAUGCGUUUUACCUCCACCAAUCACAGUGAUUUGUUCAUCACUUGCAUCAUAAAGUCAGCCACACGAUAUUUAAUUCAAUUACAUGUUCUUGUUGGUCGAUGGUUGUCAAGGUGACGUCACGGUCGUUGCGGUAGUCUUGCAAUGGUGGUGAUUGCGGUGGAUGAGAAUCAGCGAUGUGAGGAUGCCGUCAUAGCACCAGCCAGCUUGUUAACACUGAUGUUUCUUUGCUGUGUGUGUGUGUGUGUGUGUGUGUGUGUGUGUGUGUGUGUGUGUGUAUGUGUGUUUUCUGUAAAGUUCCUGUUCCUGUGUGGCAGCCAUCAUCCAUCAGGCCCCGCCUCCAUCCUCCUGGGAAAGAAAACACGGACAAACAUCACAAAACCAUAAAGGCAUUAAGGUUAUGGUUGAUGAACCAACUUGAUGAAGCUUAGGAGGUUUGUCCAAGUAUUCGGUCCCCUGUCCUUUUGUCCUCCCUCUUCCCAUUUGUGUUGUUGUAGUUUGACUGUACAAAAAGACGACGUUGAGGAUUGGGCGUCUGCCCCUUCCCUUCCCCAGCAGACCCCACCCAUCCUGUCGUCUGUAAUAAUGAUAAUAAUAAUAAUAAAAAAGGCAUGCAAAAGCGUUGUGGAGUUUGCAUGAUGGUGUUUUUUGUACCCCACCCCCGACCUGCCCUCCAUGUUGUGCACUUUACCGCUCAUCGGACCUGUCUUUGGUUGGCACGUUAGCUGACUACUCGUUCUUACUUAGUCUGCAUUAUUUUUAUUUAUCUAAAAGUUGAACACAUGUUGACAUUACGUGUCGACCUGUGCUUUGUUUGUAACAUAUUGUUGGAGCAGAAACUGGAUUUUUAAAGUGUUUAGUUGAAGGAGUGGGUUGAUGUUUAAACAUGAACGGCUAAAUUUUCAAAUAUGCUGCCAUCGACGUCAGUCGUACAGCUUUCCCCCGACCCCUGAUGUUGACCUCCAAACCUCCCGCUAGGUCACACCCCACUGUUAUCACCUGAUCGCUGUGCAGAUUUACUUCCACAGUUGCAUUUGUGUUGUGUUUUUGUGGAGGAAUUGUCCCCGCCAACGUUGAUUAUUGUUGUAAGUCUGAAAACCUCAACCUGUGGGCUAACCUCCCGUCACCCCUCUACCCGGCCUUGUGUGUGUGCAGCAUGCCUCCCUUCCUCAUCAGUGACACAAGAUUGGUGCAUAAAUGUGCGAGUGUGUGUGUUUGUUUGUGUCGGAGCAGCACGAGUUUGUUUUGAUGUGCAGAGCAUCCGAUCGUAUAGGUCCACGGGUUGCAGCCGUUUGACAAAUUCCACUUUUUUUUCUUUUUUUUUUGAGAAAGGGAAGAGAUUAGAGAUCAGACAUAUUUAUGGACGCCAUGAUCACUGUUAUUGUUAUUAUAUUUAUUAAGAUUCAAACCAAAGCGUUUUUUGCCCUCUCCUCAUGUGUUCUCAAAAUGUUUGCCGCUAAUAUCAAAGAGCACAACGCGAGUCAAGUUUACACAAAGAUGUUCGUCAGAAAUAGUGAAAAAACAUAAUUAAAAAAACAUCAAAUGCUACCAUAAGUAUAAAGACAAAAGCCCAGCCCCCCCCCCCCCAAAAAAAAGAAAAGCCAACCACCAGCCCUCACUGCAUGUUGGUCUGUCCACCAAUCAAACCGACAAACCUUUCCAAUAGUUAUCUCAUGCCACAACAACGAUGUCUGCCUCCACCCCCCUUUCCUUUCCUUUCCACCUGUAGAUGUUAGUUUGUGGUCUGAUUAGUGGAAAAAUAUGACGCAUAAUCAUCUGUGAAAUAAAUUAGCAUAUGUACGCUUCUCCUCCACUUGAGGCAUAUACGGAGACAAUGGUGGUGCUUUCUUAUUCUAUUUAUUAAUUGCUGUUAUUCUUGUUAUUUUGGUGUCAUUAAUUUAUGUACAGCUUGUUUACCAGUCUGUGUGUUCACGUUACAGGAGCAGUGCUCAGCUGCAGGUCUGAAGGUUUUGCUAGCUAGUUAGUCGAAAAGUUUCAUGGUUGAUGGGUCAAAGCCAAACAACCAACCAAAGCCUCUUCUCCUGCAACUCCCCUCCACAGUCCCAAAAAUAACAGUCAGGCAAAUUACGAUGAAGCAGCACUAGCUAACAAUGCUUUGUGGUAAUUCUCCUCAUUAUGAUCAUCAUGACUGCAAGUCACUGCUCAAUUAUUUUCUGCUGUUUGACUCUUUACCUCUGCUGCACCAAACUACACACAACCAUACACUUGACAAAAAUGUAUAUUAAAUCUGGAAAUUCAAAGAAAAAGAUAGCUGGCUAGCUGUUAACAGCUAUGUAGGGGCAAGUAAUGCUAACAUUUGUAUUUAUUUACUUCUCCAUGUUAGUUCCAAUGUCACUAGACUGAGCCGUCAAUGAACACAAUUCUAAUUACAUCAAUAAUUGGAGAUGUUGGUGGUGAUUCAGAGGUUUGACACAAAGCUAGGAAAUUGGCACUUCCUGUAUAUGUUAUAAUUAUAUGAUUGUGCUUCCAAAUUGUUGUUGUGCAUACACAAUAGAGAUAAUGAAUCUCUUACUGUGACUGAGAAGAAAUUGAGGAGUGACAAACCACUGUCACCUAGAGUCCAGUACUUGCUAGUUAGCUAGCUAGCUAGCACCACUAAACCUACAGUGAGCAUUUUCCUGUGCGUGACAAAGGACUGCAGCCUUGUCAAUGAAGUCACAUAUAUAGGCAAGAAUAUAUAUAAAUCUUGCACCAACAUACUGCGUAGCCAUUACUGCUUCUAUUGGCUGUGUACAGUUUCUGUCAGAGCGGGGUACAGAAAGCAGGAAAAAAUCAUCCGCAGAGAGUUUGGGUGCGACACCAAGACUCCAAAGAUUGACUUACCAUUAGCUGUUAGCCAUUAGCCUGCGUGUGGAAGUAAAUUAGUGUGUUGUUUCACACAUGUACUGAAAACUGACUCAUAGUUCCUGUGGUUCUUGGGUCACAAAUGUGUGUGGACGCAACACGCUCCGCAGUUAUUUCUGCAGAUGAGUUUUUCAAUGUGAACCAGCAGCACGACGUCUGCAGACAGGUGUCUGUCUUCCAAGUUUGUACGCAACAGACACCGAGUUCAGAGACUGUGAGGGACUCAAGUCGGUCACGCUCUUUUGUUCCUCCACUGUCGGACGAUUAAACUCUUCUCUACGAUGAUUUUUGUCUUCCUGAAACAAUUUUCAAAAACCAAAACCUGUUCAGUGCCCUGCUCUGGAUGAUGAUAAAAUGAAAACGUUUGUUGUGGCUUCGAUCUGCUCUUGUCAGCAGUAGCAGCUGCGACUUGAUAUUACUUGUUGUUUCUGAUGAUUUAUUUGAUGCUCCACUCAUAUGUCUUUCUGCACUCUCAUCGUACGAGACAGUAUUUGGUUUGUAUCAGUGUUUUUUUUCCCUAGUGGGAGGGGUGGGAGGGGUCAGGGGAGGGUCCAUGAAGAUAGACCACACCCACAUGGUCUCUGCCAUAGCAAGUAGGAAAGACACUUAAAUAACAUUGUUAUUACCAUUAUUAUUAUUAUUAUUAUUAUUAUUAUUAUUAUUAUUAUUAUUAUUACCAUAAAUGACAAAUAAAAUGCAGUAAAAUAUUUGCAAAAACCCAGAUGGAGAACGAACGGCUUCACACAAAGUGAUCAAACAUAAAAACUUUUAAAAAGGGAGGUUAUGACGAUUCUAUAAUAGCAAUGAUUUAAAGAGGUACAAAAGGAGUUAUGUUAUCAUAAAUAAUAGUAAUAUUGAAUAUUGAAUGCUCGCAAUUUUGUCAAACUGAAACUGGAUUCUUUGUGUUAUGUAAUUAUUGUAAAUAAUUCAAAGAGAGAAAAAAUGACUUGCAUGUCUAUGUAUAAAUCUACUGAGAUAUCUAUUCCCGUCAAAGUUGACAAGUAGUUCGAUCUCUGUCCUUUUUUGCCACUUUCGCUUAUCCCCUAAAGUAUGUCACCCGUCCUCACCUCCACCCCCCCACCCUCCCAUCGCCACCGUCUUUAUUCUUUCUACGUGGCCGAGACAACAACAGAGAGAAAGAGAAACAUAGCUUCCAGCGUCCUCGUCCGCCAUGCUCAGUUCAGACGCUGUGUUUACACCAGCCUGCUGAAAUCCUGACUUCACACAUGUAGAAAGAAAAGAGGUAUAAUGGUGUUUUCACCAGUAGUUCAUCCACUGGAGGGCAGUGUUGAACUUUUUUUUUGUGAUUCCAGUCUCUUCGUUUCAGUCGAAAAGAUGAAUCCACGA